UAUUGUAAUCUCUUUAUAAAUUGCCCCCGGCACGACAUCUGCUUCUCUCCAGCGGCCCACCGCGGCGGUGCCUGUGUUGGUCAAAUCUGUCAUUGGUCUGUGCAGUCUUCAAUUGGAAGCGGCUGUUCUUUGCAUUUCCUCUGCAACGGUUUUGGUUUGAUGCACCUGGGGUGUGGUCGGGCACACACAGACAUAUAUAUGGCCCAUCGUGGAGGUCUGUGAGUUCAUGCCUUCUCUUGAUUUCUGGGUUUUUGGUUACGCGCUUGUGCUCCCGCGAUUUAUUCAAUUUGAUCAUAAGUAUUUUUGUUGUUCAUGCUUAAAUUGUUGUCCAGUUCUUUCUGGUGUUUCAUUCGAUUGGUGAUUGGGUUUAGUUUAUUUUUGAAUGAAUUUAAUGAAUCCAAUUUUUUACUUUUGCUCGCCCUUGCCUUCCUCCGUCUGAUGAGGAAAGUUCACUACAUGAGGCAUGUUGUGCACCAAUCGAGGAGUAUGCGGCAUUGGCCACUUAUAUGGCAUGGGCAAAAAAUUGGUAGACUACGGGGCCGUUAUCUCCCGACUGAUCCCACCCUCAAACCGUCAAUUAUUUAACCCCCUCCUUCUCCCCCGUCAGAAUCAUGUUCAUUCAAAAUUGCAUUUCAGCUCCUGAAAUGAUUUGGUUUUCAGAAGGAGCUGCUCCAUUACAAGCUGUUUCCGGAGAUGGCACCUCGAAAAGGGGCCGGCCGAAGCUCAUUGUCACCGAAGAUGUUGUAGAAUGGAGAAAGCUCUCCAAGCGGAAGCAAAAUGCUAGACGUACCGGCCGCCAAGGUCCAACAUCCUCCGAUGUUUUCAGUGUAACUCCUUCGCCAAGAUUACCCACUGCACGCUGCAGCAGUCAAGUUCAUGCAGCUGAUGGAGCUGAGCCAAGCAGGACGGGAAGGAGAAAAUGAUAGUCACAUUGUGGGAAGACAGAGCAUAUCAAUUCCAGGAAGGCCUCCAGAACACAGGUCAAUGACCAAUAUUUGUUGUCAUAACUGGACUGCUAGCAAAGAAAUUCUCAGAUAAACCCUCUCUAUCGAGCACUGAUGCAACAAGAACUUAUUUUGAUAUUGAUUACAAACCACUCAAAGAUUUGAAGAAUACACUACAUGAGGCAAGUGCGAAAGCUGGCGUUGCUCUGGUACCUCCAACAAACGUUCAAUUCGUAACCUCGGACGAAAAGAGCGUCCAACAACUCCAUAUUAGAGAUGUCCUCGACAUGGAGAUCCCACCAGGAAAAGAUCAAGUGCGCGGUCUUUGUACGGCAACAAUAACAGAGAUAAUGGAGGGAAACGGAUGGCUAUAUAAUUGCUGCUCAAAAUGUGCCAGAGCUGUGCACCCAACCCAAGGAAAAUAUUUCUGCGCGGCUUGCAACGCUGACAACAUAACGGUCUCACAAAGGUAUAGAGUCGUAGCUCGCAUCAAGGAUGACACUGGAACAACGACGGUGACACUUUUCAACAAAGAGGCGGAACAACUUAUUGGAGCUCCAAUUCAAAAGCUCAUUAAUGAGGUAACCGAGGGAACAGACAUGGAAGAAAUCCCACCUGCAAUCAAAAACAUCGUUGGGAAGUUAUGUGCUUUCCAAAUUAAGAUCAACAACUACAAUAUAACACAUGGCUGUGAGGAGUAUACCGUCACCCGCGUCUCAGAAUGCUCAAAUGAUGAAGCCGGUAGUUCUGACGGUGUCAAUGUUGUCCACAAGGACAAGAGGGUUAGGUUGGAUUGAUAGCCAAUCCAACCAAAAACAAUCUAUCGCCACAACACUUUACGCAGUGCCUUCAAAACAAACUGAGUACUAUGACGGGUUUGCAUUCGGAAAGACUCCUUUAUAAACUAUUGUUUCUUAUGAACCUAUAAAACAAAUCUUAACUAGCACGGGUUUUCAUUUCAGACUAAAAGAAUAUUGCAUUCAAUACUGAUAUAUGUUCGCACAGUAUGGUGUGGCAUAUUCUAUUAGUGCCUUCAGAAGCCCCGAAUUAACACAUUCAAUAAAUUCUGAUAUAUUUCAGCAUGAA